AUGGCAGAUAUCGCAUCCCUCGAGCAGCGCUUCGAAGGCAUCACCGUUCAGGACGAGAACCAGGAUGUCUCAUCCACAUACCAGCACAAGCCAAAGGUUCGUGGUAUCUGUCUUCUGAUCUGGCCCUUCUAAUGUAUGAGUCUAGGGCUCGCUCAGUCAAGCAAUCUCAUUAUCAAAUCUCGGAUCAGCAACGACAUCGAGCCGCAUGAAGCUCCCUCUCCAGAAGCUCCCAACGAACGCAGCCAGCAAACCCAACCAGGCCGCAUCCACAACAAUCACCAAGAUCACUCUCCCCUCCCAAGCCGCCCAGCGGCCCUCCGCCGAAGCACGCCCCUCAGAUCCCGAGCCUACCUCUCAGCCAGCGGAACCCAAAGCCAAGUCCAAGAACUGGCACCUAGGCAUGUUUGAAAUCGGCAAACCCUUGGGGAAGGGAAAAUUCGGCCGCGUCUACCUCGCCCGUGAACGCAGUUCCGGCUUCGUCUGCGCCCUCAAAGUCCUCCACAAAUCCGAGCUGCAACAAGGAAAAGUCGAGAAACAAGUCCGUCGCGAGAUAGAAAUCCAAUCGAAUCUCGCACACCCCAACAUCCUACGUCUCUACGGCCAUUUCCACGACACCAAGCGCAUCUUCCUCAUUCUCGAGUUCGCCGGCAAGGGGGAGCUGUAUAAGCAUCUGCGGAAAGCACAGCGGUUCCCGGAAUGGCAGGCAGCGCAGUACAUCGCGCAAAUGGCCAGCGCCUUGAAGUAUCUGCACAAGAAACAUGUGAUGCAUCGGGAUAUCAAGCCCGAGAACAUCCUCGUCGGUCUACACGGAGAGAUCAAGAUCUCUGAUUUCGGAUGGAGCGUUCACGCCCCCAACAACCGUCGUAACACCAUGUGCGGUACCCUCGAUUACCUUCCGCCAGAGAUGAUCAAACCCGGCCGCGAAGAGAACUGGUACAGCGAGAAGGUUGACCUUUGGAGCUUGGGCGUGCUCACGUACGAAUUCCUGGUGGGAGAGGCCCCAUUCGAGGACACGCCGGUUAUGACCCAGCGGCGAAUCGCGAGGGGAGAGAUGACGAUUCCACCGUUUGUGAGUGCCGAGGCGAGGGAUCUGAUCAAGAGGCUGUUGGUGUUGGAUCCGGAGAAGAGGUUGAGCUUGGAGGAGGUCGAGGUUCACCCUUGGAUCAUCAAGCAUUGCGUCAAGGGCGAGAGGCACUAUCAGCGCACGAGCGGGGAGGGCAAGAAGGAAAAGUCGAUGGGUGCUGCGGUAUGA